AUGAGGCUUAGCCUUUUCAAUAAGAAGAACCAAAGCGAUGCCGAGUUUGACGGCGUCGAAGCGGUGUUGCCAAAAGACCGCAAGCCCUGGUACAGAAGCUGGCAUCUUAUUCAGUUGAAUCUGAUUUUGCUAGUGCCCCUGGUCAGUUCCAGUGCUGUCGGAUAUGAUGCCUCUAUGAUGAACGGCCUCCAGUCCCUGACGCAGUGGAAGGACUACUUCAAUCACCCCAAUUCGGCAAUUCUGGGUACCCUGAAUGCUGUGUAUCCUAUUGGAAAGGUGCUGAUGGUAUUCCCUGUCUCUUGGUUAGGAGACCGGUAUGGUCGCCGGUUGCCAAUGCUCGUCGGACUCUGUGGCAUGGUGGCAUUCGCCAUUCUUCUAGCCGCAUCACAGAAUGUAGCGAUGCUAAUUGUUUCACGCUACUUGAUCGGUUCGUGCACUAUCAUGGUUGCACAGCCCUCGCCCAUUCUCAUCACGGAGCUUGCUUUCCCCACACAACGUGGUAAGCUCACUGCGCUAUACAACUCGUCCUUCUACAUUGGCGCGAUCAUUGCCGCCUGGGGUACCUAUGGCUCUUUCACCUUGAAUUCGACCUGGUCUUGGCGAAUUCCUUCCGCUAUCCAGGGUGCUAUGCCGGUAUUGCAGUUACUGUUCUUCUGGUGCCUCCCUGAGUCUCCUCGUUGGUUGGUAUCCAAAGGUCGCAUCGAAGAGGCUAGAGCAAUCUUUGUCAAAUACCAUGCUGGUGGGGAUGAAGCAUCUCCUCUAGUGGAUUUUGAGAUGCAGGAAAUUAUGCAACACCUGGAGAAUGGAAAGGGAGGUGGCGAAAAAACACCAUGGAAGGAAAUGCUCCGCACCAAGGCCAACCGCCGCCGGACAAUUAUCGCGGUUUUUCUUGGAUUCUACUCACAGUGGUCUGGCACUGGACUGGUAACUUACUACCUCACCCUGGUCCUUGAUACGAUCGGCAUCACACAAACCAAGGAGCAGACCCUGGUCAAUGGUAUUCUCCAGAUUGCAAACUUUGUGGGGGCUGUCGGCGUGGGAGCUCUCAUGAUCGACUGGCUCGGUCGCCGUACCCUCUUUUUAAUUUCUGCCGUCGGCCUAUUCUGCAGUUACGUAUGCUGGACUGUUCUUUCGAUGGAGUUCCACAGAACUCAAGACCCCGGCACAGCAAAGGGGGUGCUGGCCUUUAUCUUCAUCGCCUGCUUCUUCUUCAAUAUUGCCUGGACACCCAUGUUAUACGCUUAUACGGUGGAGAUCUUCCCCUACAAGCUGCGCUCGUUUGGCCUUUCCACGGCUUUAAUGACGGCCAAUUUGUCGUUGAUCCUGGGCCAGUUUGUUCACCCGAUCGCGCUUGCCGAUAUCGGCCAGAGAUACUACAUCCUUUUCUGCUGCUUGCUCUUUGUGCUCAUUUUCGUGAUUUACUUCCUAUUCCCGGAAACCAAGAACCGCACUCUCGAAGAGAUUGCGUUUAUAUUCGAAGGAGAGCAGGAUCUUGUUGGUCAGAAAGUUGUGGAAAAUCCGACCGUUUUGGAUGAGAAAGAGCAGGUGGUUACCAAGAAGUCGGAAAUCACUAGCCUCUAA